AUAGUAACGCUUGUACUCUCGCGACCAGGUUGUACAAAUCCAUGUUCUUUGUAUGUAGACAAGAAGGAUCCUUAUUAGAAGAAACGUUGAAUGAAAAGCUUUUAAUUUCAUCUUAUUAUUUAGAACAUUGCUAGCUUGAACUUAUCCCUACUCGGUGGGGGUAGACUGACUGAUAAGACCAUAGGUAGCCCAAGUCAUACUUGUGGAGGUCUAGUUUUACGUGUUUAUCAAAGAUGGCGGCUGGUGGAGCUUUUCAUCGUUCUUGCAGACUAGGCUUUUUAAUUCGACUCAUAUCCCGUUAUCGCCCUCAAGGAUUUUAUUUUAUCAAGGCUAAAACYAAUAGAUUAAAUCUGAGUUCAUUAUUUAUUCGUAAUUUAUGUGGAGUGAUAGUAAAAAGUAGAGGUGAAGCGACCACGAGUUCAAGCGAGUCAAAGAAGACAAGCCGAGAGUCUGCAAUCAAAAAAUCGAAAUAUCUUUGGAAAAUACGAAAACUAUGCGAGAACAACGACCUCAGCAGUGCCAGACAACUUCUAGAGAGCUUUUUAGAGAAUUAUUGGUYCAAUGAAAGCUUAACAAGGACGUUUAACUGUCUGUUGUAUCACGCAGUUCGGGAGCAAAACCACGACAUCGUUGACUAUGUCUUGCAUAAAAUGAACAAGUGUAAAAUUCAGAGAGAUGGAGCUACUUAUUAUAUUCUAACGCUGUAUUUUUCAGAAAAUGGAUUGUUAGACCAGGGUGUUGUGUUGUUAAGAGAAAUGCAAGGAGCUGGUGUUGGAAGAACUUYACGGAAUUAUACACCAAUAGUUAUUUCUGCUGCAAGAGCUGGAAGGCUGGAAAUUGCGUUUAAAUUGUAUGAAGAAAUGAGGGAAGAAAAGUUGUCAAGCCUUUGCUGCUAUCCAGCUCUUAUAAGUGGAGUUGUGAAGAGUAGGAAUAGAGAAAUGUGGGAUGAUAGAGUAUUGGAAAUAUUACAGAAUGUCAAAACUGAUAGACUACAACUGAAUAUUAAAACAUUAGAGACUGUUGCUGAAUGGUUCAGAGGACAAACAAGUAAGAAAUGGCAAACGAGUUGGACCACAAUAAACUCAAGUGGUAAAUGCAAGUCAUGUGGCCAUACACUUGACUCUGGUAAACUAACAGAAAAUGAGCAUUCCAUCCUUAAACAACAUCUUAUUCAUCUCCUGUGGAAAAAUCUUGAAGGGCAACAUGUCAAGUGUUUUACAAUGAUAGGGAACUUCAUUGAUAAGCAUUCUCCUGACAGCAAAGACAAUUUACCGCAYAGCUUGGAUCAAUAUAUCACUAAGACAGGACCUUAUGACGUGGUCUUAGAUGCACUUAAUGUUGGAUACUUUUGUGGAAAAGGGAACUUUGAUGCUAUAAAGCUGCAAGGGAUGAUCAAGAACCUUCUUGAUGACGGCAAGAAAGUACUAGUCGUUGGUGCUCCACCUUUGACAUUAUUGGACAGUACUAGUUCAGCUGAUAAUGGCUUUGAAUGUGGCAUGUUUCUAAUCAAGGGAAAAUGUAUUCUAGAUGACCUUUAUAUGCUGUUAGCUGCUAUGCAUUGUGGAAUAGACACUUUAUUGGUAUCCAAUGAUAUGUUUCAAGAUCACCUACACAAACUACCAAUCAGCAUUCAGAUAUUAUUAACUCGAUGGCUUCAUACUAAUCAGGUGUUUUUGACCAGAUCAGAUGACGAGAGCAAAGUUCAUUUUAAGAUGCAUCUGUCAUAUGACCCUAUUGUACAGACAACAGGAAAUACAUGGCAUCUACCUGCAGAUACCGAUGGAAUGUGGUUGUGYGUGGGGAAGACAUGACAAAGAGCUCUAAUGUAGUUUAACCAAGUGCGAUCAGCACUGGCCAUUCACACUGCGCACGGCUAACCAAAUAAUUCUCAAACGUUGUUUAACUAAACUACCUUGGGGCAGUAGUUUUAAGGUUUUAGGGUUAGGGUCAUACUUUUGUGUGUUGUGUUGUAAGAUCGCAUUUAAAGUUACAUUAAUUUUUUCUUGGGUCUCUUUAUUGGGCAAUGCAUGACAACUAGGGCUUGGAAAUUGUAAAACAUCUGUAGAGACUAAAUGUAACUUUUAAACUGUUAACCUUUCUAUKGUGUGAAAUAUUUAAAACAAAUAGAGGAAUAAAUAAAGGAAACUAAAGAA